UCCAGUGGCUCAGAAUAAAAAGCUCGAUGACAUAUGAGCAAUAACCAUCUUAAACUAGGGUGUUAUUGGUGUGUUUUGAAUAUGACUGUGCCGGAAUGAUAUUUGUAUUCUAUCUGUUAACAAAAUGGUGUUUACUACUAUAAUCUCAUCUUUUAGUGAUAAAACCACGUGAUCAAAAAAGGAUUAAUGAAUACCCAAGGUAUUAGCGUGAAAUUAUUCCCCAUUGUGUGAUAAAGGGAAUUGCGGUAUAAUUAUAGCUAAUCUGUGUUUCUUUCGUCCGGCUGUACGUGACUGCAUGACUAGUGUCUAUAUUGUCAUAAGAUUUGAACUUUACCUAUAUACUGGUUUAACUUUGCCUAGCAUUUUAAAGAGCGUUUAGUUCAUGGUAAGUCUAUUAUUUGCAAUGAAAUGACAGGGGCAUAUAUAUGAAAUGGAUGAAAAACAUAUUCUCUCAGAGGAAACGCUUUUGUUAGGUGAUGACAUUCCUGAUGAUCAUAUUAAACGGGAAGCCUCAAAGUGCAGAAAAGCAUGCAUAUUUCUGUCUUGCUUUAUGCAAAUUAUUGUAUGUAAUGGUGUCGGAUAUGGACUGAGUGUGAUGUACGCCGAACUUGUAGUUGUGUUUGACUCUAGCAGAGGUGAAGCUGUCUUGCUGCAAAGCCUCUUUAUGGGCUUUUCGUCAGCCAGUGGUAUACUUUUCACUGGGUUGAUACACAGGUUCGGGCCUGGAGUUUGUAUAAUGUUUGGCGGUUUAAUGGGCUGUGUUGGCUUGUUUGUCAGCGCUUUUACUGGUGAACUCAGUCUGAUUAUCAUUUGUACUGGAGUAGUGGCAGGUACAGCUUUCGGUGUUUGCCUGUUGGCUGCGUUCGUCACAGUCGGUUGGACAUUUUCGGGUUCAACAAGCUUUUUCCUUAUUUGUUUAAUGGCCGGUAUAAGUGUUGGCCAGUUCACUUACCCUCUUCUGUUCGAGACUUUUAUUUCACAAUAUACGUGGUCGGGUACUUUCGUCCUUAUUGCGGGUGUUUCAAUGCAGUGUAUCCCUUGCGGACUAAUUGUAUAUUUUUCUGGUGAAUAUUUAUCAAAGGGGACAGAAAAAUCUGAAACAAAACGGAAUUUGUAUUGUGAUGUGACAAUGUUAAAGGACCUUGUGAUGUGGAUAUUUUUGGUGAAUUUUGUACUAAUUUCCAUGUCAGUUAAUGUUGAGGCGUGGUUUAUUGUGGAUCAUAUGGUGACACGAGGCUUUAAGCGAGAGGUUGGCUCGGUCCUUGUCUCUAUGAUCGGCAUUGGAACUUUUAUUGGACGAAUUUGUGGGGCUCUACUCCGGCUCAAAUGCAAGUGCCCAACUAUUUAUCAUUGGACGUAUUUUAACGUGAUAAUAGCCGUUAUACAUGUGAUUAUCUUAAACUUGAACGACUUCCGAUCGCUAGUUGUCGCGUGUAUUGUGUAUGGAAUGACGUAUGCAACGUGUACAUCCCAGAUUCCAGGAAUAAUGUUCGAGUCCGUUGGUCCGGAGAGAUACCCUCAGGCUAUGGCAAUGGCAAACGUUAUGUUAGGACUUGGAGAUAUGCUAGGCGCAAUAUACGGCGGGUUUAUAUAUGACAUUUUUGGCGUGUACAAUGUCGCAUUCUACACAGCGGCGGUUAUGGGCAUGUACAUUAGUGUGACGACGACGUUUGCAGCUGUGUUGGUCAAGAGACGUAACAGACGUGAAGUUGACAUAGACACAAAAGCUGAAAUACGUAGACAUUAAAUGAUUUGAGAAUAGCCGGUAUGGUUGAACGUUUAAACAUUUAGAACAUUUUAGAUGGUAUAUAGUGUAACACUGGUGGACUGGUGAAGGGGAAAAUAUUGGAAAAACAUUUAAUGUUUGCAUUGGAAAUAACAUAUCAAGGCGAUAAUUGAUUGAAUCCUAUCAUUAAUAUCUGUAGCAUUGACAAAUAAUCUGCAAUGCCUCACAUGCAUUUGGAAUUAUUCAAUGGGUAUUCAACAAUAAGGACCAUUGCUUAAAAGUGAUAUUACCCGCAUAUAAUAUCGUAUAGCAACGAUUCAUAUCACUCGUUAUUAUAUCUACAUUAUAACGACUAUCUUAACUUAAGUGAUAUUUUGCACUACAUUAGUGGUUAUGCGCCUCAUUGUACAAACGAUUAUUUUAUAAUAUGCGGCGAUUUUAAUAAUUCUAUUGACGAUUCACAUUACUUAUAAGUCACGAUUCUAUUGAUAAUGGUUCGCCAAAUAUCAGAGACAAUUGGCCCAACUGCGAUGAUAUUCAUGUUUUGUAAUGUUUGAGUUAUGUUUAACUUAUAUGAAUAAUUUAGUAGAUCUAUGAACCUUACCUAAACGUUAAAGAAACUGGUCAUUUGGGUAUUUUUUUUAAUUGGGCGAAAUGUUAUAUUAACGAUUUAACAUGACAACAUUUACAUAAUUCAGAAAAUACAAGUCACACAAAGUUUUUAAAAACAAUCAGAUGUAAUAAGUCUAUAUGACGUCAUGUAUUGAAAUCGUUAUAUAAGAAAUUCAUCAUUUUUUUAAAAAUAAAAUUAAGCUUAAUUUUCUUGAAAUUUAAACUGAAAGUAUUUGUAUUUCAAAGAGGAGGUACAAAGCACAAUUAUGUUAGGAAAAAUAUUAAU